UUUUAUUUGAUUUUUAGGAACAUGUCUAUCCUGAAAAAACAUGCCCGUGAGAUUUUUGAUUCUAGGGGUAACCCCACUGUGGAGGUGGACCUCUGCACAGAAAAAGGUCUGUUUCGGGUUGCUGUCCCCAGUGGAGCAUCAACUGGAAUUUAUGAAGCUUUAGAGCUAAGAGACGAUGAUAAGUCACGUUAUCUGGGCAAAGGUGUUUCAAAGGCUGUUGAUCAUGUGAAUCAAACUAUUGCACCUGCACUGAUCAGCCAGGGAAUUCCAGUAGUUGAGCAGGAGAAGAUUGACCAGUUCAUGCUGGAAUUGGAUGGGACUGAAAACAAGUCUAAAUUAGGUGCCAAUGCCAUCCUGGGUGUGUCCCUGGCUGUGAAGGCAGGGGCUGCAGAGAAAGGUGUUCCUCUCUAUCGCCACAUCGCUGACCUUGCUGGAAACCCAGAGGUUAUUCUGCCUGUCCCGGCAUUUAAUGUGAUCAAUGGUGGCUCGCAUGCAGGCAAUAAGUUGGCCAUGCAGGAAUUUAUGAUACUGCCAGUUGGGGCCAGUAGUUUUAAGGAGGCCAUGCGCAUUGGCGCAGAGGUGUACCACAAUCUAAAGAAUGUUAUUAAGGAGAAGUAUGGUAAGGAUGCCACUAAUGUUGGCGAUGAGGGAGGAUUUGCACCCAACAUCCUGGAAAACAAGGAAGCCUUGGAGCUGCUGAAGAAUGCCAUUAGUAAAGCUGGAUACACGGAUGAGAUUGUGAUUGGCAUGGAUGUGGCUGCAUCAGAGUUUUAUCGUGAUGGGAAGUAUGACUUGGACUUUAAAUCUCCAGAUGAUCCAAGUCGAUACAUCAGCCCUGAUGAACUUGCUGACCUCUAUAAGAGUUUUAUUCAGGACUAUCCAGUGGUCUCUAUUGAGGACCCCUUUGACCAGGAUGACUUGGAAGCAUGGAUCAAUUUCACUAACACCACAAGCAUCCAGGUGGUGGGAGAUGAUCUCACCGUCACCAACCCUAAACGUAUUGCUAAAGCAGUGGAGAGCAAGGCUUGCAACUGCCUGUUGCUCAAAGUCAACCAGAUUGGUAGCGUUACUGAAUCCCUGCAGGCAUGUAAGAUGGCUCAGUCCAGUGGUUGGGGUGUGAUGGUGAGCCAUCGCUCUGGAGAAACAGAGGACACAUUCAUUGCUGAUCUAGUUGUUGGACUUUGCACUGGACAGAUUAAAACGGGAGCCCCAUGUCGUUCUGAGCGCUUGGCGAAGUACAACCAGAUUCUCAGAAUUGAAGAGGAGCUGGGGGACAAAGCUUGCUUUGCUGGGAAAAACUUCAGAAAUCCACUGAACUGAAAUAAUUCUUAUUAUUCACCCUUUAAGGGAUAGUCACCCAAAAAUUAACAUUCUGUCAUCAUUUACUCACCCUCAUCUUGUUACAAACCUGUAUUAAAAAAUUCUAAUGAACACUAAGGAAGGUAUUUAGAUAUUUUAUAUGUUUGUAAUAAAACUGUUCAUGAGCCCCAUUCACUUCCAUAGUAUUCUUUUGUCCUACUAUGGAGGUGAAUGAGGCUUAUGAUCAAACAUUCUUCAAAGUAUCUUCCUUCGUGUUCAUAAAAAAUAAAUUUAUAAAGGUUUGUAAUAAAAUGAGAGUAAGUAAAUAAUGACAUAAUUUGAAUUUUUGGGUGAACUAUCCCUUUAAGACCACUUGGUGUACUACUGUAAAUAUACUAAAAGUUCGGUUAAAGAAUUUUUGUGCCAGCAAAAGUCAGUAUGUGUCAUGGCAAAAUAGCCUCAUUUUUGGGUUGUUACUGACUCCUGAGGAAAUGCAGACAUUAAAGUUAAUGAAACAAUACUGUAAUAAUGUUUAUUUAAAUUAUUAAUACAAGUAGUUGACACUUGGUGACUGCAAUGCAAACGAUAAGUAAGUAUUUUCCUCUAAAAGUUGCUUAGCAGAUUCUUCGAGUCCGUGCUUCUGAAA